AGGAUGUCCGGCGCUAACUUCCGCCUCGCCCUCCGAGCCUGGAGUCAAGAAGCUGGCCCGCUCCGUCGGUCGCAGGCGCUACUCCUGGGACGCCUGCUCGACUCCCGAGUCGUCUCCAAUUGGCCGUCGGAGGAACGGAAGCCGAAGAGGAGCAGUGAACCCGGAAGUGCUUCGCAGCGGAGGCCCGGGCGACUCUUUUGAAUGGAAUCGGGCUGAUUCAUCGCCGGUUCGCCUAGCCAGAGCCGGGCCCAGUCCGAGCUGCUGCUGUCGUUGUCGCCACCGCCGCGUCAUCGCUCCUGGAAGACAAGGGUCCAGACCGCGACCUCCCGCUCCGCCCGCCUUCAGGAGAGAGAGAGAGCGGAAAAAAAGCCUUGGGAAAAAUUAUACCUGCCGAUAUUAACAAGAGCUUGAAUUAAGAAAUUUUUCAAACUCAGCAAAUUGAAGCUUAAUACCACAAUAGCUGUAGCUACUGACCAGAAAUAUGGACAGACUUCUUAGACUUGGAGGAGGUAUGCCUGGACUGGGCCAGGGGCCACCUACAGAUGCUCCUGCAGUGGACACAGCAGAACAAGUCUAUAUCUCUUCCCUGGCACUGUUAAAAAUGUUAAAACAUGGUCGAGCUGGAGUUCCAAUGGAAGUUAUGGGUCUUAUGCUUGGAGAAUUUGUGGAUGAUUACACCGUCAGAGUGAUUGAUGUGUUUGCUAUGCCACAAUCAGGAACAGGCGUCAGUGUGGAGGCAGUUGAUCCAGUGUUCCAAGCUAAAAUGUUGGAUAUGUUGAAGCAGACAGGAAGGCCUGAGAUGGUUGUUGGUUGGUAUCACAGUCACCCUGGCUUUGGUUGUUGGCUUUCUGGUGUGGAUAUCAACACUCAGCAGAGCUUUGAAGCCUUGUCGGAGAGAGCUGUGGCAGUGGUUGUGGAUCCCAUUCAGAGUGUAAAAGGAAAGGUUGUUAUUGAUGCCUUCAGAUUGAUCAAUGCCAAUAUGAUGGUCUUAGGACAUGAACCAAGACAAACAACCUCAAAUCUGGGUCACCUAAACAAGCCGUCUAUUCAGGCAUUAAUUCAUGGACUAAACAGACAUUAUUACUCCAUUACUAUUAACUAUCGGAAAAAUGAAUUGGAACAGAAGAUGUUAUUAAAUUUGCAUAAGAAGAGUUGGAUGGAAGGUUUGACACUUCAGGACUACAGUGAACACUGUAAACAUAAUGAAUCAGUGGUAAAAGAGAUGUUGGAAUUAGCAAAAAAUUACAAUAAGGCUGUAGAAGAAGAAGAUAAGAUGACCCCUGAACAACUGGCAAUAAAGAAUGUUGGCAAGCAGGACCCCAAACGUCAUUUGGAGGAACAUGUGGAUGUACUUAUGACUUCAAAUAUUGUCCAGUGUUUAGCAGCUAUGUUGGAUACUGUUGUAUUUAAAUAAAGUAAUGGAAAAAGCUUUUAGUGAUACUUUCAGUGUAUAGUCCUCUGUUGUUCCUAAUGCUCAAAAUCAAGGGACCUCUGAAGGUGCAUUUGGCUAAAAGUAAGACAUCUGGCAUCAUUUGCAGCACUGUAACACCUUCACUCUCCAUUGUGCAAUUACUUCUAUUCCUUUAGUCAGGGUCUUUGCAGAUUCCAAAGUUGUAUAAGAAUACAUCAAAGUGGACAAAUUUUGUUAAGAUCCCGUUUAAUAUUUGAAGAAAUCAGUAACACAAAUAUAUUUUGAUUGUUGCUUACAAAAUAAAAUACAUUUACAG